CGAACUGUCACUUUGGACGAAGGUUUCUGACGUGUUGUUUUGUUGAUGUACACUUGGCACUUUAAUUUGGGAGCCGCUAAAGUUACCAAAAAUGUUGAAUAUCGCUACACAUAUGGACUUUGAGGGUCAAGGAAGGGCCGAGAAGCUUUCCCGCAUCAUCAUUACGCUGUUCGGUACGGUAGGACUAGUGUGGGGCUACAUCAUCCAACAAUUUUCUCAAACGGUCUACAUUCUCAUUGCCGGGGUUUUACUGGCUUCGAUUCUCACCAUUCCACCGUGGCCAAUAUAUCGUAAGAAGCCCCUAAACUGGCAAAAGCCUCGUCCCGAUCCGCAAACAACGCAAAGCUCAUCGGAUGAAACGAAGAAGAAAAAGAAAAACUAGUGCUUCGGAUGGCUAAAUGUUUAAGAUACGAAUAAAAAACACACACCGUACUGUGGGCUGAAAUUCCCCUGUUUGUCGGA